CGUGUUUUAUUAAUGAAAUUUAAUAUUACAAGUGUUAUAAAGUGUUUCAAUUGAUUUUUCUAAUCGUUUAAUUGAUUACGUUAAUCUGUGUGCAAUUUUUUGUUUGUGACGAAAAAGAGGUACUCGUGUUUUGCGAUUUUCAGUAAAUUUUCGUGAUGCCGUGGUUGGUGUGAGAUGGACGGCAUACAGAUGGAGCCCAUCGGCAAAUAUAAAGCCGAUCGAAACGGUUCGGCGAAAACCGCCGCUUGGCGAAACAUGGUCGAUCAGGAUUUGGACGACGUAGCUUUUCUUGCGGAUACGGACAAAGCGAGAGAGGCGAGGGAACUAGAAGCACCUGUGGCGGUCUGCUCGCAACGUAAAGCACUAUGUCUUACCGCGUUGGUCUUCACAGCAAUAUUCGCCACCGCUUUACUUGUAGUAUACGCGAGUCCUCAACCAGAUUGUCCGUGCGCUGGAGGCAGUCCACUCAUACCAGGACAAGCACCCACUGAACCAGAAACCAGUGUAUCAUCAGCUAACAAUGAUUACAAAGAUAGAAUAGCAUCGAACGGUGCAGUCUUCCCUUGGCGCGGUGCUCGUCUUCCUACAUUCAUGGUACCAAUACACUACAGUCUCUGGUUACACCCUAAUCUUACGACCGGGGAACUACGUGGUGAAGUAUCAAUAGAUUUUAGAGUGGACCGUGAUACUGGUUUCUUAGUACUCAAUGUGAGAGAUAUGAAUGUAACAGAGCGGGCAUUGUUUAAAAGUGGAGGCUCGUUAGGACCAAAGAUAGUGAAGACUUUAGACUACCCGCCUGCUGAUCAGACCUAUAUUGAGUUUAAAGAGAAACUUCGUCGGAAGUUCAAUUACACUUUGAGUCUUCGUUUCAUUACCAAAUUAGGUAAAGGUGAUAAACAGAGAGGUUUCUUCCUAACCGGAACACAUAGACGACGUUGCGCUGUGUCUCGUUUCUGGUUGACACAUGCUCGUUCAGCUUUCCCUUGUUUAGAUGAGCCUCAUUUGAGAGCUACGUUUAAACUUACUAUUGUUAGAGACAGGUUUCACGUUUCGUUGACAAAUAUGCCGAUAGUAGCAACAGAAGAGGCAGGCUUCUAUUUGGGACAUAGAUUGCUACAAGAUGAAUUCGCACAAUCACCACCGAUAUCGCCUCAUAUGAUAUCAUUAGCGGUAUGUCGGCUGCAGCGACGAGCUGCACCACUCAAUACUUCUGAUGUAAACCCAGAGUCAGAAGAUGUAUCAACUGAGAUCAGCUUGUAUAGUGAUCAGGAAACAAUACUGAAUGAGUCCGGACCUCUACUUGAAUGGGUACAAAGAACUAUUCAACUAUUCUCAUAUGAACUUAACACUUCAUAUCCACUGCCCAAAUUUGAUAUAGUAGUGGUUGAUGGAAGUAAUCCAUAUUCAGAGGGAUGGGGCUUAAUUAUUCUAGAUCCUGUCACACUUACAGAUACCAAAAUUAUCGCAAAAUUAAUAGCACAACAAUGGUUUGGUGGGUUAGUAUCUCCUCGUUGGUGGAGUUCUCAAUGGCUGAUGGAAGCUCUGACAUCAGUGCUAAGUGAGAAAGCAACACCGCUAAGUGAUGCUACCGCUGAGAGAGAGGAGGACGCACUGCUGUUAGACCACGUGUUACCUGCACUUAGAUUGGAUUCGAGCUAUUCUGUACGUGCGGUAGCGAAUCCGAGACUAGAGAGAGCUGAUAUAGAAACCACGGCUGAAGAAUUAUCAUUACAUAAGGGUGCGGCCAUAGUGAGUAUGGCUAUAGAAGCUGCGGGGGAAGCUGCGGGGCGCGCGGCGUUGGCAAGAUUACUUAGAGAUCAUCGCUUCUCCAGUACUGAUGCUAGAGAUCUGUGGCGUGCGCUACAGAAAAACGGUACAGAUGAGACACCAGCACACGCGUGGGACGGCUGGUGUGACAAAGCCGGGUAUCCGUUACUAUCCGCACGGAUAUCCGGACCUGAUGUCAUUAUUAGACAAGAGCGAUUCGUGAUGAGUGCUGAACCACCUGACCCUGAGCCUGUGAUGAUGAACAGCCUCCUAACUAUGGACUUAAGAGCUGAUCUAGACGAGUUAUUCUACGAACCUGAAAAUUACACGGAAAUAAUAGAAGAAGAUAUAAACGCAACAACAACAACACCACAACCGACAACAACAACAAAAAGAACAACAAUAAAGACAACAAAAGCCCCCCCAUUACCUAAAUGGGUUAUCCCAGUUACAUUCUCAGUUGGUCCAUUAGAGAACAAUGAUGAAGAGGAAAAUGUAACAAGAAUAUGGAAGAAUACAACUGAAAGCAUACAUAAUGGAACUUGGUAUGAAAUAAGUAAUGAUACGAAAAUACAUCGAAUUUCUCGUUGGGCGGAAAAUGUAACACAUUUAAUAUGGAUGAACGAAACUGAAAUGGUAAUACCAGAUUUGGGCAAACACAAAUGGGUUAGGUACAAUGUUGGAGCGAGAGGACUGUAUAGAGUCGCUCCACAAGAUCAUGCGGCAGGAGAGACAGCAGAAGUGUUAGCGCAGCGCGCAGCAGAAUUGUAUGAUAAUGGUAUGCCAGCUGAGAGAGCUCUGUUGUUAGACGAUGCGUUUAUAUUGAGCCGAGCUGGUCGGUUACCAGCUAGUAGAGCGAUGGCGGCCGCUGCUCGUCUUAGUAACGAGCAUCAUUGGGCACCAUGGCGAGUGGUCCUCACACAUCUAUCCUGGUGGAAGGAACUGCUGCGGCUCUCAGCUUCCGCACCACAUCUCAACAGGCUCCUCAGUCAGCUACAUCCAGAUGUACAGGUGUAUACACAACAACAGAUAGAAACAGCUGGAUUGACUGAAGAUCAACUUUGGCUAAGUGGAGCUCUACUUAUGGCGGGAGUUGAGUGGGAGAAUGAGAACAUAACGAACCAAGCUUUAGAUCUCUUCGACGCUUGGUUUGAACGGAAUGAAACUAUACCAGAAAUAUACCAAGAAGCUGCGUUAGUUGCGGGGGUUAGAUCUCGUGGCGCUGUAGCCUGGCAUCGUGUAUGGAGAGAACUUCUCUCUCAGACUUCUCACUCUAUUAGAGCUGCGAAGUUGUUACCCGCACUCGCAGCGCCUGAUGAUGACUGGCUAUUCUAUAGGUUUGCAUACACGGUGUUAUCGAGCGAAGCACAGCGCGGUCGCGACUGGAAGACAUGGGCGACCGCACUCUGCGCAGGCGCCUGCAAAUGGCGUGGUGCCGCUGGGGUAUGGAGGGUGGUGUCGCGCGCGGGUGCUCUGCCCCCCGGCGCGCUGCAGGCCGCCGCACGUUGUCUACAUCACCCCACUGAUUACUGGAGGUUUAAGGAGUUAUUUGGUGAAGAACGCGGUGCUGCAGCAGCACUGGACACGAUAGCAUUGAACUCGGCGUGGGUGCCUCGCGCUGAUUCAGAUCUACUCAGAUAUUUUAAGGCUGUUAGAACACUAUAGGCAAUUUUUAUAGCUUUCGAAUGCGAUCCAUCUAUUUAGGUGUCAGAUGUAACUAUUUU